CGCGAGUCAGCGUUAGAACCCCGUCUGCGAAUGUGGCUCAGGAGAGACGAAGGGAUGUGAAAUUGCAUACAGAGCAAAAGUUGGGCACCCUGGAUGUUGUCACUGGAUACUAGAAAAGCCUGGAUAUUCACCAUGUUACCCUGAAAACGGUCUCACUACAAGGACAUUUGAAGAGAAGCUUAUUGACUUUUUGUUCCCAAACUGCAGAUAUUGAGAGAAUAUGCAAACAUUUCCUUUGAUGUGUACCUAUCUGUGUAUCCCAUCUAAAAUACAUAAGCCUAUUUUCCUACGAGGUGCAUAAUAACAUUUUCGAGAUGGAUUACCUGAUUUCAGCACAGUAGGUACUGUUUGCAUAUAUUACACAUAUCUCUCAGUGAUGCUGCAUGUAUUGUGUAGUUUUAUUUUUCUUGAUGCAUUACCAGCGUAAUGGCUCAUUUGCCAGCGGCAUCAUCAUUCAAAUUAUGUUGUGACAAGGCCGACUUAAUGUGAUCAUUACUCUAAUAGCCUUUAUGAGAAUGCCCUGAUGUCUCUUUUCUCCUGUAGUGAACUUACAGAGCUGGAGUGUGUGUUUCAGGCUGUUUUUGCUGCACAUGACAGUGUUGAGCAUCAGCUAAGUAUUUGAACAGAUGGUUCCUGUGCUGGACAAUAUGACCCCUGCUCCUCCAACACAGAACUGCUCUAACUGCAGCCAGGUUUUAGUCCCAGAGCUCAAUGUGGUCAAAGCUGUGGUUCUGGGCCCUGUGCUUGGCGUCCUUAUUGUUUUUGGAGUUGUUGGGAACAUCCUGGUAAUCCUCUCAGUAGUUUGUCAUCGACACCUGCGGACAGUCACACAUUAUUUUAUAGUAAAUCUGGCCGUGGCAGACUUGCUGAUAAGCUCCACUGUACUACCUUUCUCUGCCAUUUUGGAGAUUGUGGAUCGUUGGAUGUUUGGACGGAUUUUUUGCAAUGUUUGGGCAGCUGUGGAUGUGUGCUGCUGCACUGCCUCCAUCAUGAGCCUCUGCGUGAUCUCUGUUGACCGCUACAUUGGAGUCAGUUACCCUCUGCGAUACCCAACAAUAAUGACAAAACGCAGGGCACUGCUGGCGGUGCUGCUGCUCUGGGUUCUGUCCAUCAUCAUAUCAAUUGGACCUUUAUUUGGCUGGAAAGAGCCGGCGCCAGAGGACGAGUCCAUCUGCAAGAUCACAGAGGAGCCGGGCUACGCCAUCUUCUCUGCUGUGGGCUCUUUUUACCUCCCUCUGGCCAUCAUACUGGUCAUGUACUGUCGGGUUUAUGUGGUCGCUCACAGAGAGAGCCAGGGCCUAAGGGAGGGCCAGAAGACAGAAAAGUCUGAUUCAGAGUGUGUAAUACUCAGGAUACACAGAGGAAACACCACUGUAUCAGAGGACGAGGCCCUUCGUAACCGCACACAUUUCGCCCUGCGUCUGCUCAAGUUCUCACGAGAGAAGAAGGCGGCCAAGACCUUGGGCAUUGUUGUUGGCUGCUUUGUGUUGUGCUGGCUACCCUUCUUCCUGGUGCUUCCUAUUGGUUCCAUGUUUCCGGCAUACAGACCUUCAGAAACAGUCUUCAAGAUCACCUUCUGGCUCGGUUACUUCAACAGCUGCAUCAACCCCAUCAUCUACCCCUGCUCCAACCAGGAGUUUAAGAAAGCUUUCCAGAGUUUACUUGGAGUUCACUGUCUGAGAAUAGCUCCCAGAUCACACCAUCAUCAUCUGAGUGCAGGUCAGGGUCACGCACAGGGGCAGAGUCAGUCCCUCUCUUUUGCCCUGGACAACAGGGGGGCUCCUUGUCGGCUCAGUCCGUCCUCCUCUAUUGCUCUGUCCAGAUCGCCAUCCUCCAGGGACAGCAGAGAGUGGAGGGUCCUCUCUGGAGGCCACACAAGAGGGUCUGGACCAUCUGAGACUAGCAGAUAUAAAGUGGCCAAACUCUGCAGUAAAAGCUUUAAACAGACCUGCUGCUGCAUCCUCGGUGAUGGGACUCCUCCACAGGAAUCAGACUGCGCCGAACCCCCUCCUGUUCCCACCAUUAAAAUCCACCAACUGUCCCUGUCGGAAAAUGGAGAGCCUGUAUAGCUACUGUAAUCCUUCAUCCAUUAGUCAUGACUCCCAUUUCAAGGUCACGGAUGAACAUGUAUUCCCUUCUGGUCCGUUUACAUCACAAAGGUUUGAAUGGUGGCUGCUUUGAAAUGUGAAAUUUAAAAGUCGCAGCUUUAAUGUCAAACUGUGAUUUCCGCUGGAUCUAACAUGGUCACAAUUCUGCAAAGACAUUAAAAGACUACUCUACUUUCCCCUCAUAAAAAUAUGCCUUCUUAGCUACGGCUUGUUAUAGAUGAAAGUGAAGAAAAUGUUCAUCAGAUGUUGAAAAAAAAACUAAAGAAGAAAGUCUGUGUAAUAUUUCCCCUGAGGUGGACCAAGAGAAAAUACCUAUAUAUUAAAGAGACCAAAAAAUCCUUCAUGUUUACAUAUUUUAUAAUAAAGAAGAACAGGUAAAAUGCGUGCAAAUUUACACAGGAGAGUUUUAUAUUGCAUGGUUUCAACAAAUAUUUCUAAAUGCUGGUUGGUGCUCCUGUUGUCUCCAAAGUUUGCCCAUGUUGCUGUUCCUGUUGUCAUAAUAUUGUUUGUGUACUCCUCUGUACACAUUAAGGGACCUCGUGUACUCCCAUGUCACAUUACAAUAAAUUUGUAUGACGUGUUCCUAA